AUGAAGCAACUCUCUGCCUCAUUGAAGGAGAUAUUAGUCCUAUCUGAGUCUUCAGAUCUAGUCAAAAAGGAGAUUCAACGACUGAAACGAGAAAUGCAUAGAUUUCGGACGGACGCGAAAGUGGCUGCAAUACGUUCCAAGAUAGUCGACAAGGUUGCGGAUAAGAUGGCCGAGCAAGCGUUAACACGGUCUCAGGCUCGCGGAGACAAUGACUUCGACUCCGAGAAAUUCCAGACAGCAGCACUCGGAGAGUUAGCUAGAGAGUUAACCACUCUAGUGGGUGUAUACGGUCCGGCUGCAAUAGCUAUGCUGGCUAGAGACUCUCGGAAGGAUAUGGACGAGCGCUAUCACGUGUGGCCAGAUAGGGAGUCCACGGGCUUGGUGACACAGGAACGUUUUUUCGCGCAAUUGGUGAACGAGACGGUAGCGCCGCAUGAGAAGAGCUGGUUCAACGGAACAAAAGAGAACCUUCUCAGACUCCAAAUCAUGAGCUCAUAUGAUCAGGAGCUGGUGAAAGGGAAUGGCAUAAGGUUCUGCGCCACUAUAUAUAAAAGCUUGAAAAGACCCUUCAGGGUAUCAAUGACUCCGCAUAAGGGUAUCAAAGAUACGUUACUGGGGGUCCAGAAAGCAAAACGGAAGGAUGAUGUUAUACUGUUGGACCCAGAGUAUAUCGUUGAACCCCUCCAGCUCAAGGUCGAAGAACUACAAGAUCUAAAUUCGGCAACUCUUCGCGCAAUCCUUAGGCAUCGCGGAGUCCACCUGGCGAAACGCAAGAAAAAGACUUCUCAAGCGUACAAUCUCAAUACUGAUCUGGGAGCUCAUAUUAGAGAGGUCGCCGAAGGAUUUCUCGAGUGUGAUUUAAGGAAACAGGUCUACAUUGCUCGCAACCAUAUCGUCAAAUGCAUCAAAGACUCCUUCUCACAGCUCCAUCAGAACGUUCAGAAUACGUGUACUACCCCUAAGACCCGCAACAACCAGGUACUCCAACUAUGUUACACGGCCAACAAACGUGAACAGGAGCGGUGCAUCCUCCACAUCGACAGUUUAUUCAAGGCUCUCAUUGGGGAAGCCGCACGCUUACCUUAA